UGUCAAGGUUUUGGUUGUGGAGUAGCAGAAACGGGGAGCAAGGGCGGUUACGCUUGUGCGAUGCCGAAAAAAGACAAGGAAUCACCCAAGUCUGGCAAAGUGGGCAAGAGUGGAGGUCAGGAGAAUUCAGAGAAUGAGAGUGUUAACAAGAAGCCUAGCAAUAGUGUUCCUCCCACCACUCAGCUGAUAAAAGGGAAGCAGCCAGGUUCCCAGACACCUGUCAAAAAGGACAAAAGGCAGAGUUCCUCUCGCUUCAGCUUGAGCAACAACAGAGAGCUGCAGAAACUACCUGCUUUCAAAGAUGUUCCCCCUGCAGAGCAGGAGAAGUUGUUCAUCCAGAAGUUGCGGCAGUGCUGCGUCCUUUUUGAUUUUGUCUCAGACCCACUGAGUGAUCUCAAAUGGAAGGAGGUUAAACGGGCAGCGCUGAGUGAGAUGGUGGAGUACAUCACCCACAAUAGGAACGUCAUCACGGAACCCAUCUACCCAGAGGUGGUUCAUAUGUUUUCUGUGAAUAUGUUUAGGACUUUGCCGCCAUCAUCCAACCCCACAGGUGCUGAGUUUGACCCAGAGGAAGACGAGCCUACGCUAGAGGCUGCAUGGCCACAUCUACAGAUCGUCUAUGAAUUCUUCCUACGGUUCUUAGAAUCACCAGACUUUCAACCAAAUAUAGCCAAAAAGUAUAUUGACCAGAGGUUUGUAAUGCAGCUCUUAGACCUGUUUGACAGUGAAGACCCCAGAGAAAGAGAUUUUUUAAAGACCACUCUGCAUCGCAUCUAUGGCAAGUUCCUGGGCCUGCGAGCGUACAUUAGGAAACAGAUUAAUAACAUAUUUUAUAGCUUCAUUUACGAGACGGAACAUCAUAAUGGAAUAGCAGAGUUACUGGAAAUAUUAGGCAGCAUAAUCAAUGGAUUUGCAUUGCCACUGAAAGAAGAGCACAAGAUAUUCCUACUGAAAGUCCUGCUGCCCUUGCACAAAGUCAAGUCUCUUAGUGUAUAUCACCCACAGCUGGCCUACUGUGUGGUACAGUUCUUAGAGAAGGAUAGCACCCUCACAGAACCGACAGUGAUGGCUUUGUUAAAGUAUUGGCCAAAGACCCACAGUCCAAAAGAGGUGAUGUUCCUCAAUGAACUGGAGGAGAUCCUGGACGUCAUUGAGCCUUCAGAGUUUGUCAAAGUCAUGGAGCCACUCUUCAGACAGCUGGCCAAAUGUGUGUCCAGCCCACACUUUCAGGUUGCAGAGCGCGCGUUGUACUACUGGAACAAUGAGUACAUCAUGAGCCUGAUCAGUGACAAUGCUGCCAAGAUCCUGCCAAUUAUGUUCCCAGCCCUCUACCACAACUCCAAGACCCACUGGAACAAGACCAUCCACGGGUUGAUCUACAAUGCUCUGAAACUCUUUAUGGAGAUGAACCAGAAGCUGUUUGAUGAUUGCACCCAACAGUAUAGGGCAGAGAAAAGCAAAGAGAAAGCUAAAUGGAAAGAGAGAGAAGAAGCAUGGUUGAAGAUUGAGAAUAUAGCAAAGUCAAACCCUCAGUUUCUAGUGUACGUUGACUCAGUAGGCUCAGGCAGUCCGAUGGACAUGGACACAGAUGGGCCGCUGCUAGAUGAUGUCAACAUGCUAAAGAAAGCAGUAGAGGAGGAAGCCACACAGAUCCAAAAAGAACAGCGUAGAGAGCGCCCAUUGUUUCGAAGGAAAUCGGAGCUCCCCAAGGACAUCUCCACUGUCACAGCCUUGGAGUUGCACCGGAGAGCCGAGGAAAUGUUGACAACGCACGACGGCCACUAAGAGACCACCUGAGACGCGCCAUAAACCAGCAGCAGCAUCAUCCACAGAUACCACAGGCCUACAAAGACCAGCACAACAACAGAUCUCUGUCUUAGUCCAGCCCUUCACAACACAGGACUGAACAAUUCCAGCUUCAUCUGACACAGAACGUGUCUAAAGUCGCAGUUCUAAGCCUGGUUCGGCUUAUCAGGACAAACGGUGCUCGGUCCUUUCUGAUCCCAUUCCUUCUCCUCUUUUCGUCACCUGGUUGUUGUCCAGCAGGGUCGUUUGCAGAGCUGGACGGUCCUGCAUGACCACAACAUGCACCACCAACUUCACCCAAGAUACUAUAGUGUCAUUUCCCCUUUUUCUCCCUUGUUUUCCUCUUUUCCUGUCUUCUCAGCUUGUUGCGUUUUUGGGGUGCUGUGCUGCCCCCUUCUGGUCAUUUCUCUCAGGUGUUCUGUUCUGUGUGUGUGUGUGUGUGUGUGUGUGUGUGUCCGUGCAAGUGGGUUGCUUCUCUUCUUGCCUCUUUAUUGAUGUCAGGUGCUUGUACAAAUAAUAUGAGCCCCCAACUGGACUUCUUUGGUUUAAUUAAAAAAAAAUCAGAUGAGAAAAUGUCAGUUGUUUCUAUAUAUUUAAUAUUAGCUAUUUUUCUCAUAACAUUUUAACUAGACAGUUGUUUAUAUUUUUUUCUACAUAGUAUAUUAGGGUCUUUUCUCAGAGUAAAACACAGUUCCUAUCUGUGUGACUGUUCUGUUUGGAGCUUGCUAUUUUAUUCAGUUCAUUUUCCAUCAGCUGUGAAGAUCCAUUGAUCAUUCUGUUAAUUAGGACACUGUUAUUGAGGACACGCCAGCAGAGUGUGUAUGAAAUAAAAGCUUUCUGUUCUCUGCACAGCAUCAUCAGAGUUGCAACGUGUGUCUGUGGCUCCAACAAUUGUCAGAUGACUUUGAGCCAUUUGAAUGGGUGUUGGGAUGAGUCCAGCAUGAGCCUGGUUUGGUGCACCAGUUACACAAGAUGGGAUUGUGGGAUUGAUUUUUGUUUUGUCAUUCACUCCCAGAGUGGCCAUUAGUGUGUUCAGUACAAGUCGGUGUCAUUCAUGCCAGCUUUGAGAGGUUAGAGAGAUGUAGUUGCUUGUCUGGGAUUCACACAGAGUUACUGUGUGUUGAGAGAAGUCCAGUAGGAGCAGAUACUGUGCUGACAGUGGCCACUUUUUCUACUCUUCUCAAGGAAGACCCUUUUUAUUUAUAACACCCUUGUUAGAGAUGAGACUGUCAUACAGUAGAUGAGGUAUGUUUGGUCUGAAGAAGUCAAACAUAAGCCUUUCUUUUCACAGUGCCUUUUAUAGUCGGAAGGGAUAUUUGUUCAACUGAGACCUGAUGAAUUAGUAGCAUGAACAAAAAUGCCACAUCAUUUAAAAAUUGUAAUGUUUCCAUAAAAGAAGCUGCAUUCAAGUCCGUGCUCAGCACACCUCCAGCCGUUUUGGACUCCAGCACAUGUGUUGUUUAAGCUACAAAGUCAAUUUUGCAGUCAAAAGCUAGAGAGGAGGAGCCGAGUGGUCACACCAGACCACUUCAGCAGUGAAGCACUUCCUGAUAAAACUUGAAAA